GACACCAUAGUAAUUGACAACAGCGUUUACUUGUGUUGUGAAGUUGUGUGUAAUUCUGGCAUGCAAAUGCGGUGAAAUAAACGGAAACGCAUUAUCAAAUGGCUUCUAGAUCUAUUUAGAAUAGAUCGGAUGCUUCUUGAAAUAUACAUUUGGGCAAACUGUAGAGGAUGCCUCGAAAAGUAACGGUUGAUAGUUCAAAAUCCGUCCGGGAUUCCACAUCUGAUAGUCGGAGGCCCAGCGUCUUUGAAAGGCUUGGACCAGGUGGAACGACCUCCCAUAGCUCCAAACAAGAUCAUUAUGGAAAGUGGGAAGGCGAAGGUAGCAGAUCUUAUCGUGAUCAUUACAGCCAUGGAGACGGAUCUGAUUCCAUUGACUUAAGGCACCGAGUUGAGAGCAAACGAGCCGAGAAAGAACGAGAUCGUGAUGGAAGUCGUGAUCGUAGUCGAGGGCAUAGGUCUCCAUCUCCAUCACCAAGUGGAAAGCGUGAUCGCUCAAAGCACAGAGGAAGCCACAAGGAACAUGAAGGAUCGGAAAGGAAGAAAAAGAACCGUGAACCCAGCUCACUGGUGGUGAAGGGUGGAAGGCGAUCACCCGAGAGUAACCAUGGUGAUACGGAUGAAUGGAAAGGAUACGAUAACGCACCUUCAGAUGAUGACCCACUUAGUGAUGAAUAUGGUUUGGAACAACAACGCAGGGAGCUUCAGAGACAGCUGGCUCAGAUAGAUCAUGGCGGGAUGGUGGAUGACAGUGGGGCAGAGUAUCCCCAGGUGCUUUCAUCCCGGUCCCCCUCCCCGGUCCGCAAGAAGGUCCCGCACACCAAGAAGUCCAAGAAGAGGGACAGGUCCGGCAGUAAGAUCCGUUCCAGGUCACCCCCUCACAGGUCCGUGUCCCCCAUGCUGGAGAAGAAAAACAAGAAGAAAAUAUCUCCUGGGAAACGGGACGCUUACCCUCCCCUGAAGAAGAAGAAGAGGGUAAGUCUGUCACCAGCUAGGAGGGGCCCUCGAACACCAAGUCUAUCACCUUCUCCCAAGAAGCUCAAAGUCAAGGAUAUCAAGAAGAAGAAAGGCUCAGUGCCGCCCAAAAAGGUCUUUCAGAAAAAGAGGGUAUCUUCAAGCGAAAGCAGCAGCAGUAGCAGUGGGAGUGACAGCAGCAGCAGUGGUAGCAGCGGAAGCAGCAGUUCAAGUGACUCUGAGGAAGAAUAUGUAAAGAAGAAGAAAUCCCCUGUCAUCCUUGGAAAGAAGAAACCAGCCCCGGUUGCACAGCAUCACCACCAGCCACAGCCAAUCAGAGCUCCCCGUAGUCGUACCCCACCGCCCAAACCUAAACCCAAGCCCCCAUCGCCAAAAUCCAGGCGCUAUUCACCGUCCACCCCAACUCGAUCAGACUCGUCUGAGUCGCCUUCACCUGAACCCUCCCUGAUGCCGCGCUUGCGUCAGGUCAGGAAGGACAUCCGCAAAAAGAGUCCAACACCAGAGAAGCAUUCGCAGUCUGCUCACUCUAAGCACAAGCAACCUUCGCUCUAUUCCCGGACUCCAUCCCCGGAACCCAGAAAGGACAAGCCCCCUCCAUCGAGGCGGGCUCCCACCCCAGACAGAGACUCGUAUUCGUCAUCUCGCCAGCAUGGGUCCGCGUCAAAAGACUCUCCGUACUAUUCCAAGAGAGGGCGCUCUCCAUCCAUGACGAGGUCCAAUAAGUCUUACUCUCCAGGCCGACGUAAGAGAGAGUCCCAGUCCCCAAGGAGAGCGGAGCCUCCACUGAUGAAGAAUCUUCCCCCUCCUCCUAUCAGAUCAUCCAGUGCUGAUUAUAGAGACAGAGAGAGGGAUGUUAGGGGAGACAAAUAUGGAGGCAAACCAUCAGCUCCGCCUCCCCAACCAAGCGGCAGGGAUAGCCGGGACAGUUCCUCCUCCCGCCAACAGGGGCGACCAGGGCAGAGCAGCAGUUACGCAUAUGACCGAUCCCACCCACGUGAAUCUUCAUCGUCGAGAGGAGGCAGUGAUCGUCCUGGCUGGCAGCAGCCAGGGAGAGACGACGAUAGGGGCGGAAGGAGUGACGGAAGAGACGGUGGACGAUCCAGCAGCAGUAGCCGGGCUGGAGGAGGGAUGGACAGGGGAAUGGACAGAGGUGGAGAUAGGGGUGGAGACAGGGGAGGGGCCGAUAGAGGAAGUGAUAGAGGCAGAGGAGGAAGUGGAGGAGCAAGCGGAGGGAGAGGAGGAAAAGGAGGGAGUGGAAGUGGACCUAGAGGGGAGUACCAUGGAGAUCGCGACCCUCGUUAUGGUGGAUACAAUGAGCAAGGGGGUCAACAUUGGGAUCAGAAGGAUCCACGAGGGGGUAGAAGCAGCAGCCAGAGGGGUCCAGAGAGAGGUGAACGGGAAUCCCGUCGAGAAGAGUGGGAUCGUCAAAGAGGCAGUUCUGGUGCCCCUCCUCCACCUUCCAGGGGACGAUACGAUCAGCCACCACCUCCACCUCGGGGACCGGAGCCACCUUAUGCGAAACGACCUGAAGACGUGCGUUCCAGAUCACCAGGGAAACGACACCCCUUGCCGCCCUACCCUCAUGACCAGCCUGCCAAAGGUUCCUGGCAUGGAGCCCCUGGAGAUGGCAGGUACUACCAAGAUUUGCCACCUCCUCCAGGACCCGGCCCUAGUGUCAGGGACCCACGUGAUGAACGCAGAGACUAUGAUGAUAGGGCCAAGUGGAGCGAUAGGGACAGAAGGGGAGAUGAUCGUAGAGAUGGUGACAGGCCAAAUUACCCUCGGGAUGAUCGUAGGGAUGGUAAUCGAGGGGAUGAUAGAAAGGACUAUCCAAGAGAUGAUCGCAGAGAUCUAAGAGACUACCCGAGAGAUGACAGACGGGAUAUCCCUCCUGGUGAUAUGAGGGACUAUCCUAAAGGUGACCGUAGAGAUUAUCCAAGGGAUGAUAGGAGAGACUAUCCUAGAGACGAUAGAAAAGACUAUCCAAGGGAUGAUAGGAAAGACUAUCCCAGAGACGAUAGAAAGGACUAUCCAAGGGACGAUAGAAAAGACUAUCCCAGAGAUGAUAGAAGGCCAUUCCCCAGAGACGACCGAAGAGAUUAUCCUCGAGAUGAUAGGAGGGAUGUUUUACGAGAAGAGGACAGAAGGCAGAGGGAGGGUUCAGGUGAUAGACGAGGACAAGGUGAAUCUCAGAGGUAUAGAGACGAUCUGGGUCAUGAUCGUAGGCGGGAUGGUGGGAGAAGUGACACUAGAGGAUCGGACUCAAGAGGCCCAGAUCCCAGGGGAUUGGAUCCAAGGGCACCAAAUACAAGAGGUCCAGACCCAAGAGGUCCAGAUCCAAGAAAGCCAGAUUCAAGACACUAUGAUUCAAGAUUGCCAGAUCCUAGAGGACCAGAUCCACGAGGGCCUGAAUCCCGUGGGCCAGAUCCAAGGGGGCUAGAUCCAAGGGGAGUAGAUCCAAGAGGUCCUGAACCUAGGUUUUCAGAAGGAAGAGGAGGAAGAAGAGAUGAUGUUGGAUCUGGUAGGAGAGGGUAUGAUGAUAAUCGGGAUAGAGCAAGACCUUCAGAUGAUAGAGGCGGUAAUAGGGAUAGGAGAGAGGAUGACCGGUAUGGAAGGAAAAGGGAGAGGUCUGAUGAUCCCCAUCAGUCCCAAGACAUUUCUGGGUCAAAGAGAAUGAAGGAAGAUGAAAGAGAUCCAAAGGCACGGCCUGAGGAUGGUGGUGAACUUAAGAGACAUCCUGGUGAUGGCUAUAGUGAUCUGUCAGAAGGUGGAAGUGAUGAUAUCCACAAGGGUUCCCCUGCUUUCCGGGAGAGGGAACGACUAGGUCGGAGGGGUGACCCUGGUGAUCCUCGUUCGUACCCUCACAGGGACUCCUCCAGGGAAUCGAGUCGUGAUAGAAGGGGACAUGAUCUCGAUAAGACCCACAAAGACCUUACAGAACCUUCCAGAGAACGAACCCGUAGCAAAGAGCCAGACAGUGCUCAAAGGGAUAGCAGUAAAGGUAUGAGCAGCAGGGGUAAUAGUAUGGAUAGAAGUGAACAGCCUCCGUCACAGGCAAGCCAUCGAUCUCGUAGAAGUAUGAGCCAUGGAAGCACGGGAAGCCGCAGCAGCUCAAUCAUAAGUGCUAGAGAGAAACACGAGGACAAUCCAGAUACCCUCCGUGUUCAAGAGCACCGGAGUCGUGCAUCAUCCAGAGAGAGCACAACAAGAACUCGAUCGGAGCCCUCGUCCGACACUUCCCGAGACCCACUGCAGCCUCAAAAUGAUGCAGACAAUAAGACAGAGGCUGAAGAGAAUACCAAUAAACUGCCAUCCUCGGAACCAGGCACUUCAGAGCAACCAAACACAGAGUUAUCUGCAGCUCCUGUAUCGCAGGAGGCAGAGAUGGAGAAGAUUGGAGAAGUCCAGGAUGAGAAUGGAGCCAAUGUUGCCAGCAUGCAGGAUGACUAUGAGGACAUCAGUGAUGAAGACUUUGAGGAUUCUGCUAACGGUGAUAGGUCCAGGAGAGGAAGAAGUGGAAGCCAAAUGGAGGCAAAACCAGCCAAUGUGAUGGAUGUAGACUGGGCUUCCAUGAUCAAGGAUCUCCAGGAGCCAGUCAAGAUCACCAAGCCUGCGGAGACGUCAGUCUUGAAAAGGUUUGCACCAGGUCGGGUUCUUGCAAGGAUUGGUGUCUCUCGUGCUCUGGCUGGUCCUGAGCUUAUGGAGGAAGUUGAGAAGGUCUGCAAGGAAGAGUUCAAAGAUGAUGGUGAAGAAGCACCCUUGUUCAAGCACCAGAUCGGCGCCCUCAACGCUCUUGCCAGGAGAAGGUGGCUGGAACGUCGCAGCCUUCUCCAGGACAUUGGCCCCUGUCGCCGUGCUCUCUGCGCCCGUCGGGACAUGGCUAUCCGCAAGCAGCUGAGGAAGGUCGAGAAGGACCCGUCGGAACCUGUCUUCUCCAGUGCCGUCGAUGCAGACACCGACCUCUAUCGCUUGAGCAUUCAGCUCCUGAAGAAUAAACAAGAGACUGAGAUAAAACCUCCUCCUCAGGUCCCUGUAAGCUCAUAAAUUCUAUGUGUCAUCAAGUUUGUUGAAUACUGAUCAUGUUAGGUGGCACUGCUGUUUAAACAGAAAAUGAGACAGAACUUGCUUGACCAUUCAUCUCCUCAAGAUUAAAAAAUAUACUGAUACAAAACAUCCUUGGGUGCCUAUAUAGUGUAAGCUUGUGGAUUGACAGUCAUUCCAUGCUUCUUUGAAUAUGAGUAGAUUCAGAUAAACCGAUAUUUGUCAUCAAGUUUGUUGAACAGUGAUCAUGUUGGUUGGUAUGGUAAAAAAUGGUAAAUGGUGAUGAUUUGUUACCUGAUUGCUGUUUUAAAUGAAAUGAGACAGAACAGAGAUGUGGAAUCAUUUCAUGACAGAAAUAGCGAUAUGUACUUACUUAUAAGCUACUGAGAUCCUUCUGAUUUGUGCAGACCAAAUUAUUCAGUAGAAAAAAAAUAAAAUUACAAAAUGCUUUAUGAAACAAUCUUAUGUUUGGCAAAUUGUCCCUGAUAACCUUCAUUCUAUUCUAGGCUAGUUAUUUCGUCAUCCAUUGCAUAAUUAGUAAUUCCUCAGAGAUUUGCUAAAGAAAAAUGUGCUGCAAAAUAUUUUCCCCUCUGACUAAGGUAUUCUGCUCAUUUAGCCAAUGUGAGCUUUGAUUUUUCAUCUUUUUUUCCGCGGGACUUUGAUUUGAUUAUAAGAUUUUGAUACAAAAAAUAAUUAUAUAAUGAAAUUUAAUUUGUCAAGAGAUAAAUGGAAAAAAAGAUUUAUGGUGGUGAUUCCAAUUGGUAAUUGUAAGCUUUGCAAUACUGGUGACCGUGGAAGUGUUUUAUAAAAAGUUUUGUUAGGUACUUUCACUGACAGUUGUUAUAAGCUGCUGUAAGUCCUUGCUUUUGAUGUGAAAAACAAAACUUUCAUGAAAUGCUCCACAGCUUCCUCUGUUCUUGUUGGCAAAGCCGGGGGGGGGGGGGGGGGGGGAGGUGGGGGUAACCUAUGAACCGGCUACCUGUACAGCCCUGCUUACUCGUAACAGUUUACAGUUUGGAAUUCAAAAUAAUUGAUUAUACAUGUAAAUCAUUUUAAAUUAGUAAUGAUGUUUUUUAUUCUCCCUAAUAUUUCCUCCUCUCUGCAAACGUCAGGCACAAAUGAUGACACAAAACUGAAUAAUUGAAUGUUAUUACAGAAAAUACAGAAAAGGAUUUGUCAUUGUCUGACACGAUACUUAAAUUCCAAUUGCUUCAACAAUUCAGCAUCCAACUUCACCCUCCUUAUUGACAAAUUUAUGAAGAUACCAGUCGUUCCAUUUUAUAAAUGGCAUGUAACACAUACUUCUUUUAUCUUAAGUGUCUUUUUAAAUACUUGGCUUUGAAUUAAUAUUUGCGAGACAGCCUUUUAGAAUGUUUUAUGUUUCCAGGAGGGCUAGCUAGAUCUCAGAGACAUGCAUGUAUUGGCGCAUAGACAUGUUUGUGCAGGAAGGGUUAAUUGAAUGUAAAUUUGCAAAGCUUGACAGAACUGUGAAGAUUUCAUUGUGUAGUAUUGCCUCACAAGGAAUACUUUGAAAUAAAUUGUCAAAAUGAUGGCACAACAUGUCAA